AUGAACCCCGUUAGUCGUUAUCUCAGUGCGGGCUGAGUUAAACUAUCACUACCUGCAUGCUGUAAGGGUGUAUGACAUAAGUGUUCAACCAGAGGGGUAUAUACAGGACAGGGUCUGGGGCUGCACUUUAGAGGAGCCAGCAGACCCAUACUUACUCAUACCCGGACGGACUGACGGACUGACCUCUCACCAUGAGGGUCGUCAAUAUCGUACGUAUGACUGCAGAAAAGGAGAAAAUAUAUAUUUAGCUAUUAAAAUGUAACACUUGUAGUGAAUUUGAGGUUUAAAAGGGCUUCUGAAGUUUGUAAUUUACACUUAGACAUUUCAGACUGGAUUUUCACUUACGAAAAAUGCAUCAACGCCUACAAUAUUUAUAUAAUAUAAUUAAUAUAACCCACAAAAUAAUCCAAUAAUUAUUCAUAAUUAAUCAUUCACAUUGCCUGUUUCUGCAGGAUUGAUGUAGCAAAUUAAGAUCCUACAUCUGUAUGUGUCUGUCUAUCAUAAGUUUAACUUGGUGUUAUCAAGCAUCUGAUAACAAUCAAAUAAUAUUUUGUGUGAUCUACUGCUACAGGUUAAAACUUUGUAGAUGUCUAAUAUUUCUAUUUGAAACGUAUGGUGUUUUCUAUCACAUUGACCAUGUUAAGAUGUGUACUUUCCUUUCUUUGUCUGUCCCUCUGUCGAUCUGUUCCAGGGUCCAGACCCGUCUCUGGCAUAUCGUCCCACCUUAGACCUGGAGCAAGAAGACAAGGACAAGACAGAAUACAGGAAUUUUGAGGUCAGCAAAGCAGCAUCAUUUUUAUCAUGCUUGCAAGAUAAUGUUACUGUUUAAGGCUGGUUAUCGCAAUACAUAUGUAAUGUGUGUGUGUGUGUGUGCGUAACAGAGCGGGAGUCUGAUUGAUCGUGUGUAUAACACAUACAAGCUGAUGCACACCAACCAGACCCUGGACUUUGUCAAGCAGAAGGUGAGUCUGUCAAGAGAGGUUCAGCGCAAACGCAAAAAACUCAGUGUGUGUGUGUCAGGAGAGCAGGCUAAAAACACCCAGUAAUCUUUAACAGGGAGUAGUGUAACUGUGAUUGUUAACAUGUAAGAUAUUGUCUAAUGUUGCAGAUAACAUGAACACACCACUCAUUAACCUUCCCCACUCCUCCUCUCCUCUGCAGCACUCGGAGUGGUCAGGUUGUGGGCAUGCCCAGAUGGAGGUGAUGGAAGCUGUCAUGUCUCUGGACCAGCUGGUUGAUGAGUCCGACCCUGACGUCGACUUCCCCAACUCAUAUCACGCCUUCCAGACCGCUGAGGGCAUCCGCAGGGAACACCCCCACAAAGGCAAACUCACACACAUACACACACGCAAGUAUACAUGCACACAUGGCUCACAACUCCCAUCCUUAUCUCUCCUCCCUCUCCAGACUGGUUCCAGUUGGUGGGGCUGAUCCAUGACAUUGGGAAGAUCAUGGCUCUGUCAGGGGAACCCCAGGUGACUGCCUCUCAAUGUUACCCUAACUGAUACAGCUUGUGAUGCUAGGCUAUGCUAACAGCAGUGGUAAAAUGGCUUGUUAAGCUAGACAAUGCUAGGCUAACUGCACUGUGUCCCUGUCCUGCAGUGGGCUGUAGUGGGGGACACAUUCCCAGUGGGGUGCAGGUUCCAGAAUGGCAUUGUGUUUCGAGGCAGCACCUUCGUGGACAACCCCGAUGACAAAAACCCUGCCUACAAGUACUGCUACACUUCUCUUUAUACCACUCUAAUCAAAAAGGUCUUAUCAAACCCCAUCAUUCACUGCACAACAUACCGGCUACAAGCCAGCCUGGAGAAGUGUUUACAUAAUACCAUUUAUAUCCGCUUAUAUCCAAAAAGUGAAUGUGCCAUCUUAGAUAAUUAAUUUACAUUAUAACCUCUUCUUCGUUUCAUCAUCUCUCUUCCUUCUCCUCCCCCGCUCUAGUUCUGAGUGUGGGAUCUAUAAGCCAAACUGUGGGCUGGACAACGUGCUCAUGUCCUGGGGCCAUGAUGGUGAGUAACAUACACACACAGUCACCACUGUAAGGCACAUGAGCCUACACAGGAACACUACAGAUCUGCUGUCUGUGUUGUUUGUUCCAGAAUAUCUCUACAGGGUCAUGAAGUUCAACAACUGCACCAUGCCAGAAGAGGUGAGUAUGGUGGUCUAUGGUUCUACAUUAGCAAAGAGAAUACAGGUUUAUAAAAACUCUGUGUUUCUAGUUUAACACUGCUGCUUAGUGUUAACUCACCUAAAAGUCUUCACUCCUCCGCUCUCCCUCUCUAGGGUAUGUAUAUGAUCCGGUUCCAUUCCUUCUACCCCUGGCACUCCCAUGGAGACUACAUGCACCUCUGUGAUGACAAGGACCUGCGCAUGAUGCCCUGGGUUCGAGAGUUCAAGUACGUCUCACACACAGACAUAUAUUUUCUCUGCCCUAUCUGCAGUCAGUUUGACCUCUAACCUUUGACCCCUACAGUAAGUUUGACCUCUACACCAAGACCACUGAGAUGCCUGACGUAGAGAAGCUGAAGCCAUACUACCAGUCUCUCAUCGACAAGUACUGUCCUGGGGUUCUGAAGUGGUGA